UUCCUCGCUAACGGCUAUGUACAGAUUGCUAACAGGGACAUCUACUUUGGCGCCCUCCCAUCUCCCCACCGUUCCGUCGAAAAGUCAUCUUCCGGGCGUGUUAUCCGUCCCUGUUUGCUCGCCGUCGCGCGCGUUCCCCAUCCAUGUGUUGGCUAUCUCGUCUUCCAAGAUUCCCUCGGAGCAUUGUAUGGUGUUUCCUAUACAUGCUCUCGUCCUUGCGUCGCACUGCGCGCAUCUCCCGGUGAUCCCACCUGCUCAUUCACAAGCCGGCCAAUCGCUGGUCAAGCUCCCUGUUCUUCCCUUCGCCCUCCCCUCGCCGCAGGCAUUCGGCAUUAUCCAUAACUUCAUGUACACCCACCGCCUCGAGCCUGUCUUCAGAUCGCUCCUCCCAGUCCCAGUAGGUUUCUUCCAAUCCAUCUCACACGAGACGGAGCAGGGAGACUUGCAGAAGCCUACUACGCAUGCUGUGCAUGUUAAGGAGCUCUGGCAGGAUAUGACCGCUAUCGGCAUCUACAGCACAGAUUUGUGGGACGCUGUUGACCUUGCUUGGAGAAUUGUGAUUGGCGCGCUUACCAUUGCCGCUAGGAACGCGAAUUAAUUUCGCACCACGCUAUGCCUUUAAUAUUCCCGGGCGCGCUUGUAUCCAAAACAUUGUUACUAAUACCCUUGCAUUAUUCCACCAACCCCAUAUUUCUAGUAUCGUUACUGUAUUAUUUUUU